ACGGCAUGCAGAACUAGUUAGCCAACGUUUGAGAUGUCCGUGGGAUCAUGUUCAAGAACUAUAUAAUGCGGCAAGCUGCCUGAGUUCAUUCUUUGUAUUGAUCUAGUCAAUCUACUGCGAGCGCGACUUAGCUAUGUGGGUUAAGGCUAUCACUUUGUUUACUGCUGCAAUUCAGCUGCACCCAGCAGCUGCCAACUCCCUUACAGUCGAUACAACUGUUGGGCGACUAUAUGGCAUGAUCAAUGGCUCUGCCCCGGAUGUCGCUCAAUUUCUUGGUGUCCCAUUUGCAGCCCCUCCGGUGAAUGAGCUACGAUUCGCGCCUCCUCAGACAAAACCUGCAGAGGCUGUCAUUGAUGCCACCAAGAUCGGUCCAUCUUGCCCACAGUAUCCAUUGACUACAACGACAGACCCGUCCGUGUACACUUUUGACUCUCCUUGGCUGCAGCCCUAUGGACCGACAUCCGAGGACUGUCUGACGCUCAAUGUUUGGACGCCCUUGCAUGCGGUGAAUGAGUCGUUGCCGGUUUUGAUCUGGAUGUUUGGGGGUGGCUUCUAUGAGGGUGGGCUCUUGACCAAUGGCUUUGAUCCGAGUAAUUGGAUUCAGAGGACUCAGUCUCAUAUUGUUGUAGCUAUCAAUUACCGGGUCAACAUUUUCGGCUUCCCCAACUCUGCCGGACUGGCUGAGAUUAAUCAGAACCUGAAUCUUGGCUUGCUUGAUCAAAGAUUUGCUGUCGAAUGGGUCCGAGACAACAUCGCUGCUUUUGGCGGAGAUCCAGCCAAGAUAACACUCUGGGGACAGAGCUCUGGGGCGGCCAGCACCGACUAUUACAACUAUGCCUGGCCUGAAGAUCCCAUCGUGUCUGGUCUGAUCAUGCACUCGGGGAGUGUAUUUGCCACUGGUGCCAGCGUCGAUGUGGAGCAUACGAACUUUACCUUUGUGGCCGACCAUGUGGGAUGCGUCAAUCUAUCGCCUCGCGAAGAAUUGGCUUGCAUGAGAAAUGUCAGUGCGGAUGCAAUCAUUCAAUUCUACGAGAAUUAUACCUUGUACUCCACCGGUCCUACCUUGAAGUUCACAACCAUCGUGGAUAAUGUGACCAAAUUUGAUGAUUAUACGGCCCGGGCUUUUGCUGGCAAUUAUUCCAAGUUGCCCGCUAUUUUCGGCACCAACGCCAAUGAAGAAGCCUCACUGGUAGCCUGGGCUGGUCCUGCUGGACCGAAUAUGACCUAUGUCCAUGAGGAGACUGUGAUCACCCAUCUCUGUCCGGCAAAUUACAACGGCCAUCUUCGCUACAACACUUCUUCCCUGUCCUUCCGCUACUUUAACACUGCCAAUUUCAGCAACAUCUCUCCUCGGCCAUGGGAAGGGGCCUACCACAGCUCCGAGCUUCCGUUGCUGUUUGGCACAUAUUCGCAGUACGGCGGUCCCGCUACGGCUUUUGAGACCGCCGUAGCAUCCCACUGGCAGGAUCUAUAUCUUGCCUUUAUGCGGGACCCGGUGAAUGCGCUGCCGAGCAUGGGGUGGCCUGCCUAUCAACCAGAUGGGUAUGCGAUGAUGUUUGCCGCCAAUGGGACAGUCUCGAGUCUCUUGCCGAUGAAUAAUUUGGAAACGCAGUGUGCGGGGGUGCCUGAGCCAACAAUCGGAUGAAUAGACACGGUGUAGUACUGCAACAGGCAGGGAUGGUAUAGAAUGGAACGUACAUUGUCAAGGGCGUGUAACAAAUUGCCUCUUACCUGAGGUAUUACUGCAGCUGAUGCACCUUCCUGGCACUAAGGGCCGCAUCUGUCACAUGUAUGGUACUCCAUUCUGGCUUCAGCCUCUGGGUCUAUCAUAUGAUGAUCAAGUUAC